CAGCCGCAGAAGCAAUAAAGAUAACACAUUUUCCGCAUAUUCGCAUCGGAUUAAUGAUGUAAAAUCGAAAACGACGCGAGAUAAAAUACAAAGAAACACGCUUCUGUUGAAAUCAAUUAUAAUUAUAAUAUCUUAAUCAUAACAAUCACAUCUCCGAUCAUCAACAAUGCUGGCAAAUGUUUUUCACAAGCUUUUUCUUUGGCUUCCGUUCGCGUAUCACCAUACAACAAAUGGUGCGGAUUGGAAUUACCUGACGAAUGGAAAGACAUGGACUGACCUUUGUGCCACAGGAAAACAACAAUCGCCAAUUGCGUUUGAUAUACAAAAAACGCUCGAACUGAAAUCACCUCGGAUAUAUUUCGGAAACUAUAAUGUUCAGUUGAAGGGGCCAAUAUUUAUUAAAAAUAAUGGUCAUUCAAUUGUCAUGGACAUACCGGCCACGAUUAAUGGACAGCAACCCUUUAUAACCGGUGGUCGUUUGAAAGGUCGUUACUUGGCCAAGGGUCUACACUUCCAUUGGGGAUCCCCCAAUUCCAACGGAUCCGAACAUACGAUUAACAAUCGUCGAUACGACGCAGAAAUGCAUAUUGUCCAUCGAAAUUGUAAAUACAUCGAUAUCAUUGAUGCUGCCGAGAAAGAAGACGGAUUGGCUGUUAUUGGUGUUUUGUUAGAAAUAGUAAAGGAACCCAUUGCCAUACCUUCGGGCUUAACCAAAGUUAUUAAUGCAGUCAUAAAGAUCCAUAUGGAUGAAUCCAACACGACUAUUCCGGCCGGAUUUAGUUUGGAUGAGAUGAUUGGGAAUGUUGACCACAAUGACUUUCUGUCCUACGACGGAUCACUGACCACACCCUUUUGCCAUGAGGCUGUCAGCUGGACUGUUUUCACCCAAAUACUGCCCGUGUCUUUUUCAAUGGUAUCAAAGCUCUGGAAGUUAAGAGACCAUUGGAACAACCCGAUGAUCAACAAUUUUCGGGCUAUUCAAGACUUAAAUAAUAGACCUGUGUAUCAUCGAUGUGGACGCGCUUGAAUAAGUCUCUAUUAA